AUGCCUAGCCCAUCAUCUUUAAGCAAGACUAUCGCCCUCAACAAUGGCAUCCAAAUGCCCCGUAUCCAUCUCGGUGUUUACAUGACCUCUGGACGAGAAACCGAAACCGCCGUAUCAACCGCUCUCGCAGCAGGAUAUCUCGCAUUCGAUUCUGCUGAAUGGUAUGCGAACGAAGCGCAAGUCGGUUCAGCGAUAAACAAACAUUUGAAUGCCAAUAAAAAUGUCAAAAGAGAGGAUUUCUGGUUUACGACAAAAUUAAAAACAAACGCAAGUUAUGAUGCUACAAGGAAGGCUGUGAAGGAUAGUUUGAAGAGAAGUGGCUUGGAUUAUAUUGAUUUGUAUCUAUUGCAUAGUCCGUAUGGUGGGAAGAAGCGUAGAUUGGAAUGUUGGAGAGCGGUCGAGGAUGCUAUUGCUGAUGGAGAGGUGAGGGCUGGUGGUGUGAGUAAUUAUGGUGUGAAACAUUUACAAGAAUUACUUGAUUCCAAGCCACGAAUAACCCCCGCUGUGAACCAAAUCGAAGUCCACCCAUUCAAUACUCGAACCGAUAUUACUUCGUUCUGUCAAUCGAACGGUAUCGUUGUCGAAGCGUACGCACCUUUGGCUCGAGCAUUGCGCAUGAAGCAUCCAAAGAUCGUCGCUUUAUCGAAGAAAUAUUCCUGUAGCCCGGCGCAAUUAUUGGUAAAAUGGUCUUUACAACAUGGUUAUGUGCCGUUGCCAAAGAGUGUAACCAAAGCAAGAAUCCUUUCUAAUGGUGAUGUUGAUGGCUUUGAAAUUGAGGAUGGGGAUCUGAAAGAAAUGGAUGGCUUAGAUGAAUAUUUGGUAACUGAUUGGGAUCCUACAGAUGCGGAUUAA